CUCUGGAUUUAUCUUUUUCUACUGCUGCUGCUGCUGCUGCCGAUUUGUGGAAGAAGAAGAAGAUGCAGAUAUUUGUGAAGACACUGACUGGGAAGACGAUCACCUUAGAGGUGGAGUCAAGCGAUACUAUUGAUAAUGUGAAAGCUAAGAUUCAAGACAAAGAAGGUAUUCCACCAGACCAACAGAGAUUGAUUUUUGCUGGUAAACAACUUGAAGAUGGUCGUACACUUGCUGAUUACAACAUCCAGAAAGAAUCGACUCUACAUCUUGUUUUGAGGCUACGUGGUGGGAUUAUUGAACCAUCUUUGAUGGCUUUGGCAAGGAAGUACAACCAGGACAAGAUGAUUUGUCGCAAAUGCUAUGCACGUCUUCAUCCUCGUGCUGUCAACUGCAGGAAGAAGAAGUGUGGACACAGCAACCAGUUGAGGCCAAAGAAGAAGAUCAAGUAGAUGCUAUACUCAAUUUUGGCGGGUGCAGAGCCAGAGAAUUUGUUUUAUAGCUUCUUAGUUGGUACCUUUACUUCCAAACAUUUGAACUUUGUGUUUUUAGUCAAGUAUAUCGUUCAACGCUUUAUAACCCACUCUGCUUAAAAGUCUGGCACGUUAUAUUGUUUUAGAUCUUUUUAUGAAUAUAUUGACUUUCUUAAUUCUGUCAGAA